AUGAUAUCGAUAGUUCCUAUCUUAUAAAAGUUUAUUCAAGAAGGAUAAUAAUAUUUUAAAGCAUAUAAUGAUUUAGAAAAGAAUAAAAAUGAAUUGGCUUAAGUAAUUUCUGAAGUGAAAAUAUUAUUGAAUGAAAUCUAAUAUUUUGAGAGAUAUGAAGGUUUUUAUAACUAUGAUGAGAAGUAGCUCAUACAAUAAUGUAAAGAUAAAUUACAUUUGAGUGAUACGGUAUUGAAAUAAUCCCCUUCCAGAGUUAAUAUGUAAUUUAUAUGAUUCUUAUCAUUUUAUAGAAUAUUCGACUAUUUUUACAUCACAGGAAACAAUUAUAAAUAACUUAUAGAUUGUUAGAAUGUGUUAAAUGGAUAUAAAAUUUAAAUUGAUGAAUUAUUAAGGAAAUCAUAAGAAAUUUUUGUAACAGUAAUAAACCCCAUUAAUCAAUAGCCACAGAAUUGUAUAUUAUACUCUUUAUCAUUAGCAUAUAUAUAUAAUUUAUAGAUUAAAUUAAAACUUCAAGCUCCUCGUUCAAUUAAAUCAAUAUUUGAUUAAUGCCCUUAUCAUUUAAAGAGUGACUAUCUAUUUUAAUUUUCUAUGGGAGAUUCUUGUUCCUCUAAAGUAGAUGUACAUGUAUUCAAAAGAGAUGAAUUUACUUAACUAUAUAAAAUUGAAAAACAAUUCAAAACUUAUACUAUGUCAAGACGAAAUCAUUGCACUUUAUAAAUGAGAAAUUAACUUUAAUUUUCACCUUAAAAGAAGGUAUGUUCUAAUUCUUAGUUGGAAACUCCAACACCUGAAGAUUAUUCAAUUAUUAUUCCAUAAAAGGAUUUAAAUAGUUUAUCUAAUAAAUUUAAAUUAUAUUUGAUAGUAAAUGGUUAGAAUGGAAUGAAAAUUAUUAGAAACUCAAAAGAAAUUCUUCAUAUUCGUUCUGGAUAAGAAUGUGAAUUGCAAGAAAAUGAUUAAAUAGUAUUUUUUUAAGAUUGCAAUGAAAACCCAUAAGUUUCAUACAUAGUAUAAUAGAUUUUAAUUAAAUAAGAAUAAUGA